UUUUCGUAUUGAAUGCUUGGGCCGGCGUUUAAAAGACCGAUUGCUCGGUUAAAACCGACCUCAAAUAUUUAUCCUGAAAUAUUCAAAUUUGGAAAUUAAAGCAAAAGAAUUAAUUUAAACACGAAAAAAUAAAAUUCAAAAUUAAUUUUAAUAAAAAAAUAUAGUUAAAUUGUAUGAUCGGUUUUUUCUGAUUGGUUAUAAAUUCGAUAGAAAAUUUGGGGAGACAUCUGUUAAGAAUACUCUGACGAUAAGGAUGAACCUCUUACUACUAUCAUCAUCAAUCGCCGCUUGUUUCGUCCUCAUCCAUGGAGCUGGGACCAUCCCAUUGGCCAGAGAUCAGCAUGGUCUGUAACGGCACCCGCCAAUCACCAAUCAACAUCUCAAAGAGUACUACGAAUAACAGUCUCGAUGAUUUUGUUUUCCACAAUUACAAUGCAACUCCAUUAGUGACCACGGUCACUUAUAACGGACACACAGGUCAGUUCCAAGUGACAGUACCCAGUGAUACCUUAAUGAUACAUGGAGGGGGCUUGAAUGAUAUCUACAACCUGGCUCAGUUUCACUUCCACUGGGGCUCCAAUGAUAGCUACGGAUCCGAGCACCUGGAUCACGGGAAGGCAUAUCCGGGUGAGAUUCACUUCGUCCACUGGCACUCGGGCAAAUAUUCAAACUUGAAUGAAAGUUUCAAACACGACGACGGCGUGGCCGUGCUUGGCGUCUUCAUCGACGUCGUGCAAGACGCAAAUGAUCCUCGCAUCAGUAAGGACCUCGCAAAGUUAACAGACUACUUCGUGAACAUAAAAUUUCCCGGCAACCAAACCAACUGCGCUCCCUUCACACUGGCCAGCCUCCUGCCGAAAAAUCUGACCUACUACAGGUACCUCGGCAGUUUGACCACGCCAGACUGCAGCGAGAUCGUUACCUGGACUGUUUAUCAGAGUCCCAUCUACAUUACUUCAGAUCAGAUGGCAAAAUUCCGCCACUUCCACAGAAUGGAACAUCUGGAUGAAGAUCUGGACCACACCAACCGGCCUGUACAACCUUUGUACAACAGGGAGGUGUACAACUCACCAACAUCCUUCUCCUCCUCCUCUUCUUCCUCCUCUUUCUUCUCAUCCCCAUCUCCAUUAUCUGCUUUUGUGUUUUUCCGAGCAGGUAUCCAGGGACAAUGCGUGAAGAUGAUGAUGGCACUGGUGUUCACUUCCAUUUCUUUCCAUUCGUUCUUUCAGUGUGAAAUUAAUUGCUGAAUCAGAUUUGAUUUACGUUUUAUAAACGCUGUCGUUCUACUUGGAAAUAAAUUUUUUUAAAAGUUACACACCCAAACACACACAUGCACGCACGCACACGCACGCACACACGCACACACAUAGCCAUAUGUUAUAGUAUAUGCACAUUGGACUUAGUAUAAUCAUAAUUACAACAUGAUAAAUAAAUGACAUAAAUAAACAGCGCACGUACAUACACUCACACACACUCAGACAAACAAAUACACACACACACACAUAAAUAACAUAGCCACUAACACAAACAAGUAUUCUCAUUAAACAAACCAACAAUUAACAUUUUAGAGACAACAAUACACUUGAGCAUUUGACCAGAUACGCAACAGCUCUUGCGAUUUAAGGAAUGUUUUCAUGUUGAAUUUCUUAUUGUCAAUUUGAACUUCAUCUGUCAUCAUUUAGGAUAUGUAUUUAUAAAACAAAUUAUACACUAUUUACUAAUUUGAGUUAUACAGCGUUAACAUUAACAUAAGGAGAGGAGGUGCUUACUUGAUAAAAAUAUUGAAAAUUUUCUAAUUGAUUUUCAUCAAAACAAAAUCUCAUGUCUUGUAUUGUAUUAUUUGUGCAUAUGUGUAAAUUUUAACACUCUUUUUCGCCUUUUCUCUCCCUCUCUCUCUCUAUCUCCCUCUCUCUUUCUAUCUCCCUCUCUUUCUUUCUUUUUUCUUUCUUUUUAUUUUUCUGUUUUUCUUUGAUGAAUUAGUGUAUCUAUGUAUAAUUAUAAUGCUUAACUUAGUUAACUUUCGUAACUUUGAAGCGAUUCAAUUUAAUUGAUUAAUCGCACUUUAAUAUUUAGCAUUUGCUCUGUUUUCUGUUCAUAUUGUUAAUAUGUUAAUAAAUAUAUUUUUUCAAAUCAAAAUUAAAAA